GCUUAUCAGGUGGACAGAGAAAACAGUUCUGGUUUUGUUGAUUGUUUCUCAAAUGAUCCUGAGCAGAGGCUGAGGCUAGGAGUGAGAAUGCCAAGAAAUGAGCGAAUAUUAAUUGAACUGCAGCAUUCUGAGAAGCCACCUGAGCGGCUCACCUGCCUCAGAGCUGAAUAGACGUUGGUCUGUAUAGCGCAUGCGCCGUUCAUUCUAGGGUUCCACUGUCAUGGCGGUGACGAACUGAAGCUACCCGGGCAGAUCAGGAAGCAAACCCAGCGCAGCUGGCUCAACCUUGUCAUUUAACCGAGUCUCCGGAGCUUCCCGGGCAGCGCCGAGCACACAUCCGUCUGCUACCCGCUUCUUCGGAGCCGGACAUAGGACUUCUCCCCUCCUUUGUUGGGAGUUUUCGGUUGUGAGUGUCAAGUGAGUGCACUCGGAGACAGCAGCAACUUCCACAGCUGAAGGGGAGAAAUUAAAGUGACUGUCCAGAGGAGAGAGCUGGUGGAGCGGGAGGACGGCUGGCUGCUCGCUGCCUGCGGUGUGUGCUUUCUUCACGGCUUUAAUCGCAUCAAUUAAUCCGUGGGGGUAUCAAGUUACGGAGCGAGCAGGACAGAGUGGAGGAGCGGUGACAUUUCCGACCAGUACCACAUUCCCCCGUUGCUCCCUCUUUACAGCGUCCCUCAAAAAACUACUUUAAAUGGGAAGAAAAGAGCUCUGAGUAUGUGUCUCUAGACCGAUCACAACUCAUCUGAAGGGGGAGACAGUAGAACCGUAAUACCCCUAACCCCCUCGACGUCGGCUGCUCCCUCGCCAUUGGAGGUGAACAGGUGCCUUACCUGUGAACGCUACCUGUCCCGUCCUUCCUUAGCAAAUGGCUAGCGCAGAGUCAGCGGAGCCAGGUGAUGGAAAGGACGGACGAGCGGGCGCCAUGCAGCUCAACCCCGCGGUCCCCAUCAGGGGGAUCAGGAUGAAGUUCGCCGUGCUGGCCGGCCUGGUGGAAGUUGGAGAAGUUUCCAACCGAGACAUCGUGGAGACCGUGUUCAACCUGCUGGUCGGCGGUCAGUUUGACCUCGAAAUGAACUUCAUCAUCCAGGAGCCAGAGAGCAUUGUGUGCAUGGUGGAGCUGCUGGACAAGUGUGAGCCCACGUGUCAGGCCGAGAUCUGGAGCAUCUUCACCGCCAUCCUCAAAAAAAGCGUGCGGAACCUGCAGGCAUGCACCGAGGUGGAGCUCAUCCAGCUGGUGCUGCACAGGAUCUCCACCACUGACAGCAUGAUUGCAGACUUGCUGGUGGACAUGUUGGGUGUGCUCGCCAGCUACAGCAUCACAGUAAAGGAGCUCAAGCUUUUCUUCAGUAAGCUGCAAGGGGAGCAGGGCCAGUGGCCUCGUCACGCCGUGAAGCUUCUGUCGGUGCUGAAGUACAUGGCUCACAGGAACGGUCCAGACUCCUUCUUCAGCUUCCCUGGGAAGAAUGCAGCUGCUAUAGCUCUACCCCCCAUUGCAAGAUGGCCGUACCAGAAUGGAUUUACAUUCCACACGUGGAUCCGAAUGGAUCCUCUAAACAACAUCAACGUGGAUAAAGACAAGCCUUAUCUAUACUGCUUCCGCACCAGCAAAGGCAUGGGCUACUCUGCACACUUUGUGGCCGGCUGUUUGAUAGUGACCUCAUUGAAGUCAAAUGGCAAAGGCUUCCAGCACUGCGUGAAGUACGACUUCAAACCACAGAAGUGGUACAUGGUGACUCUGGUUCACAUCUACAAUCGGUGGAAGAACAGUGAAAUCAGCUGCUUUGUGAACGGAGAGCUGGCCUCCUAUGGAGACAUCGCCUGGUUCGUCAACACCAGCGACACGUUUGACAAGUGCUUCCUCGGAUCGUCUGAGACGGCCGACGUGAACCGUGUCUUCUGUGGACAGAUGGGCGCCGUUUACCUGUUUGCAGAAGCUCUCAGCGCCGCUCAGAUCCUGGCCAUCUAUCAGCUGGGCCCCGGCUACCAGGGAACAUUCAAGCACCGGGCGGAGAGCGACCUGCUGUUUGCGGAGCAUCAUAAGACGCUGCUGUACGACGGCAAGCUGGCCUCCAGCAUCGCCUUCACCUACAACCCCUGUGCCACAGACGCCCAGCUCUGCCUGGAGUCCUCCCCGAAGGACAACGCCUCCAUCUUUGUCCACUCUCCACACGCUCUCAUGCUGCAGGACGUGAAGGCUGUGGUGACUCACUCAGUGCAGAGUGGCAUCCACUCCAUCGGUGGCGUCCAGGUCCUCUUCCCUCUGUUUGCACAGCUGGAUUAUUGGCAGCCCUGCAGUCAGGAGCCCGACACAUCUGUCUGCUGCACGCUGCUAUCCUUCAUGAUGGAGCUCUUGAAGAACUCCGUGGCUAUGCAGGAGCAGGUUUUGGCCUGCAAGGGCUUCCUCGUCAUCGGCUACACGCUGGAGAAGUCCUCCAAGGCGCAUGUAACGCGGCCCGUCCUGGACAUUGUCCUGACCUUCUCCAGAUACCUCAGCAAUCUGCAAAACGGCAUCUACUUGCUCAAGCAGCUGUGCGAUCACAUUCUGUUCAACCCAGCCAUCUGGAUCCACGCCCCGCCCAAGGUGCAGCUGAUGCUCUACACCUACCUGGCGACAGAGUUCAUCAGCACGGUGACCAUUUAUAACGCCGUCCGCAGGGUGGGCACCGUGCUGCAGGUCAUGCACACCUUGAAGUACUUCUAUUGGGUCGUCAACCCCCAUGACCGCAGCGGAGUCGUACCCAAAGGCGUCGACGGUCCGCGGCCCAAUCAGAAGGAGAUGCUCUCUCUGCGAGCCUUUCUGCUGCUCUUCAUCAAGCAGCUCAUUAUGAAGGAUCAUGGAGUGAAGGAAGACGAGCUGCAGAGCAUCCUCAACUACCUCCUUACCAUGCACGAGGAUGAAAACCUGAUGGAUGUGCUGCAGUUGUUGGUGGCUCUGAUGUCUGAACACCCCGGCACCAUGGUCCAAGCCUUCGACCAGAGAAACGGAAUCCGGGUUAUUUAUAAGCUGCUGGCCUCCAAAAAUGAAGGCAUUAGAGUCCAGGCCCUGAAGGUCAUGGGCUACUUUCUGAAGAGCUUAUCAGCAAAGAGGAAAUCUGAGGUCAUGCUGACCCACGGCCUUUUCUCGCUGCUCACCGAACGCCUGAUGCUCCACUCCAACCCGUUCACCAUGACGACCUACAACACCCUGUUUGAGAUCCUAAUGGAGCAGAUCUGUACCCAGGUGAUCCACAAGCAGCAUCCAGACCCCGACUCCUCCGUGAAGAUUGUCAACCCGCAAAUCCUGAAGGUAAUCGCUGCUCUGCUGAAGAACUGCCCCCAGUCGCCUGAGAGCAUGGAGGUCCGCCGGGUCUUCCUGUCAGACAUGAUCAAGCUGUUCAAUAACAGCCGAGAGAACCGCAGGUGCCUGCUGCAGUGCUCCGUGUGGCAGGAGUGGAUGCUCUCCCUCUGCUUCGUCAGCCCGCGCAGCAACGAGGAGCAGAAAAUCACAGAGAUGGUCUACGCCGUCUUCCGCAUCCUGCUCUACCACGCCAUCAAGUACGAGUGGGGCGGCUGGCGCGUCUGGGUGGACACCCUGUCCAUCACACACUCCAAGGUGACCUUUGAGCAGCACAAAGAAAGUUUGUCCCGCAUGUUCCGUCAGUACCAGGACCAGGGGUCCACCAGCUCUCGCAGCACCGUUCGCACCAUCUCUGGAGUGAGCCAAAUCUCUGAAGAUACCAAAUCUGUCAACGGGUCGCCUGCUGAAGAGACGGCGCCCUCGACGGUCGUCCAGCUCACAGUAGAUGAAGGGUCCGGUUCCACCAUCACCUCUACUCCUGUGGAGGCUGUAGAGGACAGGAACCAACCGUCCAUCACCGUGUCCAACAUCCUGGCCGGCGCUGAGGAAGAGCAGAAAAUGGAGUUGUCUUCUGGUGAUCAGUCAAACGUUGACAAAGAAACUUCCACUGCGGUGCACAAAGAUGAAGUGACUGAGCCAGCAUCUGAGAAAAGCAGCCAUGAUGCAGAAACGUCAGGGAAUGCCCAGAGUGAAGCGUCUGGUCCAAAAACGGAAGAGGAUUCUGCUGCCCCAACAAAGGAUGACGCGCAGGCAGAGGUAGCCCACCAUGAACAAGGGGAUUCAUUGAAACACUCAACAGAAGAGUCAAGUGUAACUUCUGAAAAGGGGGAUGACAGCAAGCAGAUGUCCUCCGAGCCUCCAGCACCCCUGGAGAACAGCGUGGUGGGCGGAGCUUCCAUCUUCAACGAGGACUUGGUUGAUGUGUCAUCCGUUAGCGACCAGAUCAACCCGAGCGAUGUGGACGACAGCCAAGAAGAGUCGUCUUAUGCUUCAGCUGCUACGGGUGAAGAAGGAGAGCCUGUUAAAAAAGAGGAAGAUAAGCAUGAAGGGGAUGGAAGCAAAACAAAAGACCUCCGAAAGCAGGAGCCAAAGACGGAAGAAGGUAAACAGGAAACGGAGACUGUGAUCAGAGAAGAAGAAGAAGAGAAGGACUCUGUGGAGAACCAGGUGUCUUGCUUGGAAGGUCCUGCUUCAAAAACUGAAGUAGCUAACCAAAGUGUCAAGGAACCCACCAAAGAAAAUGUUAGUGCUCCGGAGUCUUCCUCUAAGUCAGAAGGUGCUGCUUCAGACCAACAGGCAGCAGCAGCUCCAGAGGCAGCUCCACAAAGCCAGCCUUCAGAGUCCAAUAUGUCUGCCGCAGAGGAGACCCCUCCGGAUGCCCCUGACACCAGCACCCCCGGCUCCAGCACCAGCAAGACUCCAGAUCCUGUCAGAAAGACCAAAGAGAUCAAAAUCGCCCGGCUGGAUGUGGCAAAUGUUGCCGUGGACACAGAGAGACUUGAACUAAAGGAGACCUCUAUCACGGAAUCAAACCAAGGCCAAACCACAACUGCAGCAGGCGCAGCAGGCGCAGCAGGGGAAGCAGGAAGUCCAGCAGGCCGGCCAGAAGACGGCAGCACCUCGGCUCCUCGCUCCACCAUGUUCCGUAUCCCAGAGUUCCGCUGGUCCCACAUGCAUCAGCGCCUCCUCACCGACCUACUAUUCUCUAUCGAGACAGACGUUCAGGCGUGGAGGAGUCACUCCACAAAAACGGUCCUGGACUUUGUGAACAGCAGCGAGAACGCCGUGUUUGUCCACAACAGCAUCCACCUGGUGUCCCAGGUGGUGGACAACCUGAUCAUGGCCUGUGGAGGCAUCCUGCCUCUGCUGUCCGCUGCCACGUCUGCCUCCCAUGAGCUGGAGAACAUCGAGCCAUCCCAGGGCCUGUCGGUGGAGGCCUCCAUCACCUUCCUCCAGCGCCUCAUCAACCUGGCGGACGUUCUCAUCUUCGCCAGUUCUCUGAACUUCACCGAGAUUGAAGCGGAGAAGAACAUGUCGUCGGGCGGGAUCCUGCGCCAGUGCCUCCGCCUCGUAUGUGCUAUAGCAGUGAGAAACUGUCUGGAGUGCCAACAAGCCCAGUUCAAAGGAGCAGAAUGUCCGACCAGAAGCUACACCGUCAUGCCCAGCACCGCAGUGGGAACGGCCAAGUCUGCGUCUGCUCAGAGUCCCGUUGACGCGGUGACGGGGGGAAUGUCCACCAUCAGAGACCUGGACCGGCUCCUCCAGGACAUGGACAUCAACCGGCUCAGGGCCGUCGUGUUCAGAGACAUCGUGAGUCGGACAGCGAAGACGCGCGUCGGCCUCAGUGCGUCCUCCACAGCAGACCGUUUAGUGUGUUUUGUUUUGUUCCAGGAGGACAGUAAGCAGGCUCAGUUUCUGGCGCUGGCCGUGGUCUACUUCAUCUCAGUCCUCAUGGUGUCAAAGUAUCGGGACAUCCUGGAGCCCCACAACGACAGGAAACCCCCUCUCCGCUCCCAAUCUACCAGGAGUACAGACAGCAGCGCCGAGGUGGAGAACGGCGUCUCUCUGAGACGCUACGACUCGGGCAUCGGCGAUGACCACACAUCGGCUGUGGCCAGCGAGGCCGACCUGUCUUCCUCCGGCGGCCCGGACGCCGUCUCGGAAGCCCUGUCCACUCUGUCCUCUGAGGUCCGCGGCGCGCCUUUCGCCGACUCCAAGUCCAAGAACGUGAAGGACAUCCUCCGCAGCCUGGUGAGCGCGCCGGCCGAAGACGUCAUGGUGGACCCCAGUCUGCUGCCCCUGUCCUUUCUGGGACCGGUGACCGACUUGGACCGGCGAUCAUCGCUCCAGUUUCGCUCGUUCGAUAGAAGCGUCGUCGUCGCACCAAAGAAAGCCGGCGUGUUGCCAUCUCAAGUGUCUCCCGCCGCCGCCCAGACCUCCGCCGCCGCUUCAGUCUCCGCCGGGACGCCGGUGGACGGCGUGGCCGUGGUGUCCUCGGGCGACGCCUCCCAGGCCCCCUCUGUGGACGCUGCAGAUUCAGGCGGCCAGGUUGCAGCAGGCGGCCAGGUUCCAGCCAGCUCCAGCCUGCCAUCUGUCCCCCCACUCUCCCCUGUGACCCAGAACACAGCCCCCAAUAUGAGCAUCUCGGAGCGCCUGGAGCAUGCGUUGGAGAAGGCCGCCCCACUGCUGAGGGAGAUCUUCGUGGACUUCGCCCCAUUCCUGUCCCGGACCCUGCUGGGCAGCCACGGUCAGGAGCUGCUCAUCGAGGGCACCAGUCUGGUGUGCAUGAAGUCCAGCAGCUCGGUGGUGGAGCUCGUCAUGCUGCUGUGUUCUCAGGAAUGGCAGAACUCCAUCCAGAAGAAUGCUGGACUGGCCUUCAUCGAGUUGGUCAACGAAGGCAGGCUUCUCAGCCACACGAUGAAGGACCAUCUGGUUCGCGUCGCCAACGAGGCCGAGUUCAUCCUGAGCAGACAGCGGGCCGAAGACAUCCAUAAACAUGCAGAAUUUGAGUCGAACUGCGCCCAGUACGCAGCAGAGAAGCGAGAUGAGGAGAAAAUGUGCGACCACUUGAUCAGAGCCGCCAAGUUCCGCGACCACAUGACCUCCACUCAGCUCAUCCAGAAGAUCGUCAACAUUCUGACUGACAAACACGGAGCCUGGGGAAGUUCGUCAGUCAGCUGGCCGAGGGAGUUCUGGCGCCUGGACUACUGGGAGGACGAUUUAAGGAGACGACGGCGCUUCAUCAGGAACCCGUUUGGAUCCAGUCACUCGGAAGCGGCGCUCAAAGCGGCCGCCGAACACGCGUCCGAGGACGACAUCCUGAAGCAGUCCAUCAGGAGCCAGGCUCUGGCCAAUCGGAACACGGAGAGCGAGACGUCCCUGGACGGGGAUGACGACACCCUGUCCUCCCUGGAGGACAAAGACCUGGAUAACCUAACAGGCCCGGUAAACCUGAGCACCAGCGCCCAGCUCAUCGCUCCGGCUGCGGUGGUGAAAGGCACCCUGUCGGUCACCGCCUCCGAGCUCUUCUUUGAGGUGGAUGAGGACGAUCCGAGCUUCAAGGACAUCGAUCCAAAGGUAAGGAGGGCUCUCUGUCUGCACCGACCCGCUGCUAGAGCGGACUGAAUGUUCCGACUUCCUGGGAAAUGCUUGAGACCGAACAUGUUUCCUUUUUUCUUUUUUCUUUUUUUUUUUCAAAUCCAUUUGAAAAUUAAAAUUGUGUUAUGCAUUAUUUUAUAUAAAAAAGCUCAAAGUAUGUAGAGGGGCAUUUCUGAAAAAAAGAAAUUAAAAUGUUCUAAAACUGUUUUCUGAAUCAUUUUUGUAAUAUUUUUCCCGCAAUACCGAAAACGGUGACAAAUUCAGAGAGUUCCUAGAUCAGUAGAAAAUCUGCAUAUAUAAAAAAAUAACCUAAGAGGAGAGAAAUAACAAUAAAAAAAUAAAUAAAAAUUGUUGGACCUACAGGUGGUUUUGAAACCGCAGAACUGCGUGAAAUCGUUUCAAUUGAACGGUGUGUGUUUAUUGGACAGGAACCAGCUCUUGGUUAAAUCUCCUGAACAGCACAGAAAUAAAUAUGGCGACGGCACUGAUCAAAACUGUAUAAUUAAUAAUUCACUCAUUAAUCAGAUGUAAAUAUUUGUUCGUGAUUUUGUCUGUUUAAGCUGAAAGCUGAGAUGCUAACAGGGAAAUAAAAACUGAGAUAAACUCCGUUAAAUCUGUUGUUUUAUUUAGAUACUUAAAAAAAAAAAAUUCUCAUGUUUUCCUAUAAUUUAUUUUGAAAGAUAUCAUGGAAGUGGAGCCAGAUCUACUCGUCAAAGCAUGAGGCCAAGUUGUAAUUUAAUUUGCAACAUUUUAUUAACAUUUCUUCUGAAGUCACAUAAUGGAAAAAAAAGAACUUGGCACACUACAAUCUUUCACUUAGCGAUUUUGUGCAUAUAUUUAAAUAAAAGGUUCUUCACUUUGUGAAAACAUUUCAAGAAGACGGAAGGAAAUGUAGGAACAUUUAUCAGAAAUUUGUACCUUCACUUGUUUCUGCGGCAGCGGCCCAAUUUGCUCCGAUUUAUUCAAAGGGUUUGCUUUGCUGCGGCUUUUUUCUUUUUCUUUUUCACAUUUCUUGGAGACUUGGUUGCAGAAGUCUUAUAGAUUUGAUCCCAAAAACAAAACAAAUAAA